AUGUCUAUGGCUGCAGCUAUUGAGCCGACUCUGUUUCCCGACAAAGCAGCGUGGUCUCAACGGGUGUUCCUCAUCCUCGAAGAAAUGAGCUCUCACGGUAGUAAGAUCGCAGGAAUGAUCUUAUCUGAACUGAGGCAGCUUGAUAAUUAUCUUCACCAUCUCAGUGCAGACGAAGAAGUCCCAAGCCAAGUUCAUGGGACACAGCGUACUGCCUCUACCAAUGAUGUUGGAUCAUACCCAACAGACCAGGCCCUAGGUUUGGAGUUUGAGCAAAGCCUGGCGAUGGAGGCCGAGCUUAGCACAGACCUUCUGAUCGAUAUCGCUAACUCGCUGGAUCCUGAGAGCUUGAGCUGGGAUUUCCCCGUAGCUGAAGGCUAG